GCUCUGACGACGACGACUGCAAAUUCCAACCUUCGAACACCGGGAAGCGGGGAGCGCCACCAUAGCUGGCUGUGCGACACGGGAGAAUCGCCGUCAUGAACCACAUCAGAGCAACACGCUCGCUCUGGAGCCGACGAGCGAUACCGACAAGAGUGAGGGUGCACCAUUUAUCGCGAACUUACGCAGCUGAAACUGCUUCACCACACCCGCCCAGCUUGCCACCAAACCCAAAUUCAAGUUCUCCGCCUCCACCACCAAAGGAACCAUCGCGCGUAGGCGCAUACUACGGUACAUUCGGCUCGCCUAUCUUGAAAUGCUUCCUCGGCGCCCUCUUCACAUACCAAUUAGCCUACUACGUGUGGUACAAACUCGAGACGAUUGAGGAGACACACGACACAGAGGCCGAGAUCCGCGACUUACAGGAGGAACUGCGACAAGCGAUUGAGAAGCAGAGAUACAUGGCACAGCAGAAAUGGGGCCAGGCGACAGAGGCCAUGGAGAGGGAGAGGGAGGAAUUAGAACAGGCUAUAGAUGCCGUCGUCGGCGAGGUCAGGGAGGGUGUAGAUGGUGUGGGUAAGGGGACGAGAGUAGCGAGUCGCGUGGCUAGGGGCGGAUGGUGGCCCUGGUGAGGUAUGCCGUACUGAUAUUUAAGACGGAUAGAUGAUACCCCCUAGCGGUACACUUUACUACGUGGCUUAGGGAGCUGUUGUAACCACCUUCGCUCAUCCUUGGCCUCCUCUCUUCUCAAACUCGUGUCAUUCGACUUUCCCCAGCCUUGCCUAUCCCAUUCUCAAACACUGUCCUGUCUGUUCGGUCGCGUAAGGGUAUUCGAGGCACCCUCUCAGGUUCGCGCCUGGUCCAACCUCUCGAAUUACUUGGCUUGUUCAUACGUAUCUCAGAUCCUCGCCAACGAUUCCAGUUCGUGGUUUGCGGAAAGUGGCAAUGGUGCCAAAGCCUUGAUGCUCAAUGCCACCAUGUACUCUGCGU